GCUGGCGCCGGGCGCGCCCCCAUUUCUGAGGCGAGGCUAGUCCGGGCGCGCGCAUCUUCUGCCGCGGAGAAUUCAGCUGGGGCCCAGGCGAGAGGAGGCUAUCUGACCAUGGCCCAGGGCGCUAUAGGCCGUCUGAUCACCCAGGAGCUGUGCGCUGCCGGGGGUAGCCUGGACUUGGGGGAGCUGGUGCGGAGGCUCCCGGGCGGCAUCAGCGAGGACGCCCUGGAAAAGACGCUGCGCAAACUGUAUGAGAAGCGCUUCGUACUGCGGACGCGCUCUGAGGACAGCGAAGAGGGAGCCCGCGGCGCUGGAGGAGGGAGAGGAGGGGGCGGCGGCGACGGCGGCCCGGAGCGCCGUCCUGUUAUAGUGGUGGUGGCCGCCAGCGAUGUGAGGUUGUGCCAGGCGUACUCGAGCGUCUGUGACGGGAACUGUGGGCAGCUGCAUCUCUGCAAGUUUUUCCUCUAUGGAACCUGCAAAUUCAACAACUCCAGGAAACCAUGUAAGUAUAGCCACACCAUUAAUAAUUUACACAAUGUCAUCAUCCUGAAAAACCUUGGGAUUGAGGACCUACAAGUGGAUGAACUCUGUCAACUUUUGCUUCAGAAUGAUCCUUCGCUCUUGCCAGAGAUCUGUGCCUACUACAACAAAGGAGAUGGCCAAUAUGGUGCUUGUACCUUUAAAAAGACUUGUGUCAAACUCCACCUCUGCCAGUACUAUUUGCAGGGAAACUGCAGGUUUGGCAGCAGCUGCAAGCGGGCCCAUGACUUCAGCCAUGAGUGUAGGGAAAAGUUGAGAAAGUGUGGGAUAGACUCUGCUGCCAUUAGCAAGCUGCUUUCCACUUACAGAAAUGCUUUUGACAUCAAAAAUGGGAACUCAGCACCUCAGAAAGAAAGAAAACAGAGUGGUGACUCUGCCUCAAAUGCCAGCGAGGAGAGCGAUCAGAUUUGCUUGUACCACAUUCGGGAGGCUUGCUGCUUUAAAGAUAAGUGUUUUAAAGUCCAUUUUCACUUGCCGUAUAGAUGGCAAUUCUUUGAUGGCAACACGUGGAAGGAUUCACAAGACAUGGAGAAGAUCGAAAAGGCAUACUGCGACCCCACAAGGAACCAGUGCAUGGCCUCCAUCGACUACCCCUUCUUCUCGGCCUCCCUCCCAUUUGACGACAUGAGGAUCGGCCCGUACAAGUUCCGGCGCCUCUCCACUGUCUCCUCCGUGCUCAAGCCCCCGCACUUUGUUCUCACCACUGACUGGCUUUGGUACUGGGAGGACGAGGCCGGCCGCUGGCAGGAGUACGGAGCCAAGGGGAUGGAUCACCACGCGGCCACGGUGAGCAGCGCGGAUGUGGAGAAGGCCUACCUGAGCCAGGAGUCCCCCGUCCUCCUGUUCUCCGCCCGGAAGUACCGCUACGAGUUGGACUUCAAAGCCAUGACUCAGAAGAACUUGGACAUCGGCACGGUCAGAAGCGUGCGUCGGAGACCGAAGUAUGUCUCUCCAGAGGAAGUGAAGAUCAAGCGCAGCUGCGGUGACAAGUUGCAUGUCCCAAAGGACAUUCCAUCUUACUGGGACACGUCUGCCUUGCCUGACCUGGGAUUUAAGUCCAUCCCCCUUCCCUCCUCUUCUGAAGAAUAUCAGACCGUCCAAAACCAGUUUUUCCGUACGCUGCCUAGUUACACCAUUCAUAAGAUUGAGAGAAUCCAGAACCCGUCGCUCUGGGAGGUGUAUCAGUGGCAGAAAGUACAGAUGAAGAAAAGUAAUGGGGGGCAGGAAGUGGCGGAGAAGUUUCUGUUUCACGGUACCAGCCCUGAGUAUGUCGAUGCCAUCUGCCAUCAGAAUUUUGACUGGAGGAUCUGUGGUCUUCAUGGUACUAGCUAUGGCAAAGGGAGCUACUUUGCCCGUGACGCUGCCUAUUCCCACCACUACAGCAAGGCCACCCAGGGAUUGCAGCCCAUGUUCUUGGCCCGGGUUCUGGUGGGAGACUAUACCAGGGGCAGCUCCUCCUAUCUGCGGCCCCCUCCCAAGGAGGGCCAAAGAAACGUCUUCUACAACAGCUGCGUGAACAGCCUCCUCAACCCUUCCAUCUUUGUGAUCUUCGAGAAGCAGCAGAUUUACCCCGAAUAUCUCAUCUGGUACUCUUCCUGCCCGAGGAAUGCCUUCGGGGGCCUUUUCUAGUAGUGUCCCCUACUUGACUGCUGCUGGAACAAAGGCUUUGGAACAUGGACUUUCUCCGCUUCUCUCAGCCUCUUCCUUCAGGUGGAGAAAGAGCCAAUUGCAUUGUUUUUGAAAAUUAAAAAAAGGUUUUAAUGUCUUAUUUUGCACAGGCUUCCAUAUGACUUUGCUAACAGAGAGUUUUUUCUCGUAGAUUGUUGACUUCUUACCGUAUUAUAACAUCCACAGCGGAAUUAUCUAUGGGUUAUCCGGAUGAUACAUGUGAGAGCCAAACCUGUUUUUUCACUUUUAACUGCCAGGUUUUUGUCCUAGUUAGGGAUUCUGAUGUAUAGCAGAAUUGCACUUGUUUAAAAAAAAUCUUUUAUUGAUAUCUUGUUUUUAUAGCACCUUCAUUUCCCAAUUGAUCCCUUUCCUGCCUUACGAGCUUGUCUUGGGACAGUCCCCUAAACAGGAGCUCAAAAUGCCAAGCGAGAAAUCAACUUAGAAUGGCAAAGCAGGCAGCGUUCCGUGCCUGGACUUCCCCCCUGCUAGCAACGCCCGGGCCUUUUCUCUUAGGGCUCCUCUCGGAAUACUCCGAUGAGCCACAAUCCAGUUCUUCAGCAUCUGUUGUUUGCAUUUGCCUUGUUCCUCUUCAUAGUCAUUAAAUGAUGGUCAGUAGCAACUGGAGCUCCAUUUGCCAAGCCUGCUGCCUGGCAGGGAAACACGGAGGCGCUUUGUGCUCUACUGUUCUGCCAGUCUGCGCAGAAACCCCAUACAGGAUUCUGCAUGACUGACGUUAUCUAUUAGGAUUUUUAGAAAAUUAAUUGCUGCUCCGCAGUGUAGACAAGCCAUUUGUAACCACCAACUCCCGACUGAGCCGCUUUGUCCUUUGGUGUCUAGCGUGAAAGGGCGUUCGUGCCGGUCAGGAGCGAGCCAUCCUGUGGAGUACAAAUUUUAUAUGUGAAUGAACGUUGUGAAUGUACGUCACAAAUGAAUAUGGAAAUAAAAGGAUGUUUAUCCA